UUUCAUGAUGGGCCUAUGGCCUAUAUCAGAUCUUAUUGGGUUUUUUUUGUUCUUACACUUUUCUCUUCAGCUUUCAAUUUGGCUUUCUUCUUUUUCUUCUACUUCUUCUCCAAUUUCAGAUUUGAUGCCUUCAAAUUGGUAAGACUUAAAUCUACGGGAAACAAAAUCGGAAACUGCAGCAAUCGAAGGUUUGAAUCGAUGGCUGAUGUACAAUUGAAGCAAAGAAGAGGCUACAUCUGGGCAAUCGCAGCUGGUCUCAAUGCAGCUCUUGCCGCCAUCUCAGCCAAGUUCUUCUCAUCUCUCGUGAUCAAGUAUGGGUUAGUUGUAAUGUGCAAUGUGGUUAUGUGGGCAUGUUAUGUAAACAGUUUAAGAGCUCUCUCGUCUCUACAAGCUACUGUCACAAACUUUGCUGCUAAUUUCUUAUCUUCCGGUUUAGCUGGUCUCUUUCUUUUUCAAGAAUCUUUAUCCUUCCGCUGGUUUGCAGGAGCUUUAUCGAUUACCAUUGGAGUUCUGAUCCUCAGUAAGUCGAGUGUCGAUAAGAAGAUCAUCAAAAGGAAACGUAGAUGAACGGGAGUUAUAGAAAAUCGAGAGAAAGUAAAACCAAAGCUAAGGAAUCGUAGUACUAGCUAAACCAGUAAGGGGCCAACAUCAGAGCCAACGCACCUAUGAAAACUUGAAAACAGAGGCGGUUCUUAUGGUAAGAUGGCAAAUAUUUACCUAAGCCAAAGCCUAUAAAACAUAUAGAGUUAAGGUCGAGGUUGAGGCCAGGGAAAGAGCUAGACGGGACCUCAGAAAGACGACAUACUUGAACUAAAAUUAUGUGAUUGUAAAUAUCGAAUUCCACAAAUGUACGUUUUACUAUUUUCAUUUCUUUAGACCAUGCAACACUAAUUCCACUGAUUUUAUUAUAUGAUUAGAUGUAGGUUUAUAUCAUGGUGAACAUCAAUGUACAUAAUUUUGUUUGUUA